AUGGUUCACCCGAUACUGCCAAGCAGCGACAACGUCAAAGAUCCCGAGUCUAUUGACGCCCCGUCACUCGCUAGUCCCAUCAUCUCCAUGCUUUCCCGUCUCCAUUGCCUAGUUAUUGGACCAGGUCUAGGUCGCGACGGAGUUACGCUCAAGGUGGUCACGGAGGUGAUGAAGGAAGCCCGGUCCCGAUCGAUACCGUUUGUUUUGGAUGCGGACGGUCUGCUCCUUGUCACGGAGGACCCGGAUCUAGUGAAGGGCUAUAAGGAGUGUAUUCUCACUCCCAAUGUAAAUGAGUUCAGUCGCCUGGCGAAAGCCCUGGGCAUUGACGUCCCCAGCCAGGCCGAGAUUGGCUCUAAGCCUGGUGGCGGCGACAAGACUAGCGAGGAGACUAGGGCUUGUGAACAGCUUUCUCAGGCUCUGGGUGGUGUUACUAUCAUUCAGAAGGGUCCUCAUGAUAUUAUUUCGAAUGGGGUCACCAGCAUUGUCUCCGACAUUCAGGGCGGGCUGAAGCGGAGUGGUGGACAGGGAGAUACGCUUACUGGCUCGCUGGGCACACUCUUGGCCUGGAGGGCGGCUUACCAUAACGGACUCUGGGAUUCGGGAGAGCAGGACAACAAGAAGGAGGCUGAGACCAAGCAAGAUGUUCAGGCGGAGCUGGAGUCCGAGAAUAAGAGGAUGUCCCCUACCACGACAUUGCUUCUUGCGGCGUUCGCGGGAAGCAGUAUCACGAGGGAGUGCUCUCGUCGUGCCUUUUUGGCCAAGGGACGGAGCAUGCAGGCUAGCGAUCUCACCGAUGAGGUCCAUGAAAGCUUCCUGCAGCUGAUUGGGGAACCAGAGGCGUCGAAAAUGCGCUUGUAG